AUGAAUACUAAACUCCAACUUAGAGCUUUGGUUUUCUUUCAGUAUGUACUUGUAUCUGCACUCGGCCAGAACUUGCUUAGCUGCAAUGCUACAUCUUCGGUCCCUUCAGCGUAUCGUUGUAAUGUAAAUGGAUUGCAGGAUUAUUGCAUGACGUUUUCUAUUCUUCACAGUGAUUCUCAUUUCUCCUUGCGAUCCAAUCUGAGUUCUUACUUAGGCGUCAACCAUUUUGAGGCGAACGGCAUAGAGUUUCUUUCCAUUGAUCAGUUCUCGUUGAUCCCAAUUGAAUGUAAGUGCACUGGUGAUUUCUUUGAAGCAGAACUGAAUACAAUCAUCAGUAAAGGAGAGAGCUUUGAUGAUAUUGCUGAGUCUCUGGAGGGAUUAACAACUUGCCAGGCCAUUCAAGAGAAAAAUCCGAGUGUCUCACCAAAGGAUGUUGAAGACAAAGUUCAUCUAGUUGUUCCAUUGAAAUGCGCAUGUCCAUCUUCAGUUGAACUCGGCCAACAAAGAAAGUUUUUGCUCACUUAUUCUGUAAGGGAAAGAGACACACUUGCUAACUUAGCCUUCAAGUUUAAUAUCACUCAUCAGAGUAUAGUUUCUGCUAAUAAUAUAACAGGAGCAGGUUUCACACCAGAAAGCCUUCUUGAACCGUUGUCGACUGUUCUUAUUCCAGUAGAAGGCAACCCUGUUCUUGGCUCACUAGCAGAAUCUGGGGAGUCCAAUUUGGGAUAUCCAGCAGCAAGUAUCCAAGUCAGAAACUCACAUAAGAAGAGAAAACCAAAAAUGUGGAAAAUUGGAGUUUGUAUUGCUGUCAGCUUAUUUGCAUUUGUUGCAAGCGUAGUAGCUAUUGGAGCCAUAUUCGUUUAUUGGAAGAAAAAGAAGAAGAGGCAGGAUUCGAUUAAGAAAGUGAAUAGAGAUAUGGAGAUGCAGCAGCUAAGUUUGAGUGUUAGAACUACAAGUGACAAGAAAGUUUCAUUCGAGGGAUCUCAGUAUACUCUUGACGAUCAGGCUACUGAUACCACUCCACAUAAGAGGUUGGUAGAGAGUUACACCAUUGAAGAGAUCCAAAAAGCAACAGAGGAUUUCAAUUUGAAUAAUCUCAUCGAGGGUUCUGUUUUCCAUGCUCGUCUCAAGGGGAAAAACACGGUAAUAAAGCGUGUCCCAUCAGAGACACUCUCAAGGAUUGAUAUCGGGCUUUUCUAUGAUGCAAUUCACCAUCAUCCCAACAUAAUUAGGAUCUUAGGCACAUGUGUGAUCGAGGGUUCUGAUUCAUUCAUUGUUCUUGAGUAUGCCAAGAAUGGUUCGUUGAAGGACUGGCUUCAUGGUGGAUUGGCAAUGAAGAGCCAUUUUAUUGCUUCGUGCUAUUGUUUCUUAUCAUGGAAUCAGAGGCUAAAGAUCUGUCUAGAUGUGGCCACAGCCUUACAGUAUAUGCACCAUAUCAUGAAUCCUAGUUAUGUCCAUAGAAACAUAAAGAGUCGGAACAUAUUCUUGGACGAAGAGUUCAACGCAAAGGUUGGUAAUUUUGGCAUGGGUAGAUGUGUUAGCGACGAUGUAGAAGAUUUGGAAUCAUUUUCUAGCCAGCCUGCAGCCUGGAAUAAAGCAUACUUAGCACCUGAGUGUCUCCAAGACAGCUCUGUUUCCCCGAGUGUCGACAUUUUCGCUUAUGGGAUAGUUCUGCUAGAGGUUUUGUCGGGGAAAACACCAAUAACAAAGGGUGACGAGAAAGGAGAAGGUUAUAUCAAGUUGUCUGAUAAAAUUAAGCUCGUCUUACAAUCAAAAGAUGCAGAGGAAUUGAGGGAAUGGAUUGAUAGUGCACUCGGGGAGAAUUAUUCUUUCGAUGCAGUCAUCACAUUGGCAAAUCUUGCAAGAUCUUGCAUAGAUGAUGAUCCUUCUUCAAGACCUAAUGCUGGAGAAAUCGUAGAAAAAUUGUUGCGAUUAGUUGAAGAAUUACCAGAAGGGGACCAAUCCAAUAUCUGUGAAAGCUCUUGCAAACCUCUUGUCAUGGCAGGAGCUGCAAAUAACAUGUGA